UGCAUUACGAUUUCAGUUCAUUGCGAACGUUUGAACGUAAUCAGAAAUUUCUAUCAUAGGAAUGCGUUAUGCUGUUCUUAUAAUUUUCUCAAAUCCAUAUCAGUUCGGUUUAAACAAUUUCAACGACUUGAAUCAGUUAUCUCAAUUUAUCGGUCGCUUAUAAUAGUGAAUGAGCAAAAAUGAUAGUGGAAAAUGAAUUUUGAAGUUUCUCAUUUGACUACUAAACGUCAGCUGGUCUUUCAAGUGUGAGUGUAUAAUAGAAAUGGCGGCGCUUAUAGCAGGUGUUAAGUAUGGAUUGUCAUCACAAGGAAAUUUAAACGAAAAUAAGUCUUUAAUAUUUGUGAAAUUGACCGAUUCAGCUUACCGUGCAAUUGAGGAAUACAUCAGAAAUAAGAAUAAUUGUUCAAAAGCGCCAACAAUCCAGUUCCUAGGAAAUGAGGGGCACCUGUCACUGCCGCCAUCUUCUCAGUCAGCGAGAGGCACUGACUUCAAUUUUAGUCUUUCAAGCAAUGAGGACAUCGAAGGACCCCAGGGGAGCUUCGAGUGUAUACAGCAGGUUGCUCCAAGAUGCCUGGAAAGUGUUGGAGCACUACACUGUAAAAUGCGUGUACAAGCGAAAGAUGAUGUAUACGAUAAAACGAGACAAAAAAUGGCAGAGGCUGAAGAAAUGCACAAAACAAAAUGCACUAGGGAAAUCGAAUUGGACAUCGGCAGGCGGAUAAAGAGCCGCGGCCGCAUGCCGACGGGGAGCAGUGGAGGGGGCGGGGCGGCGCGUCCCGCAUACACUCCGUCUCCCGUCGCGGCAAACGGACCGAAAGCGGGAGGCGGCGGCGGCGGAAGUGCCCCCCUGCGCGGAUCCGCCAAAGAUGACAUCACCAGGCGGUCGAUCAGAGACCGACUGAUCCACAUGCUGGCAGUGCGGCCGUACAAGAAACCGGAACUGCACGCGGCAGUGCAGCGGGAGGGACUGAGGGAGAAGGACCGCAAUCAGCUGAUGGCAACCCUGUCGUCAGUGGCGAUGCAGCGCGACAACACCUACCACCUGUUGCGACACGUAUGGAACGACGUCACCGACGACUGGCCCUUCUACACCGCCCAGGACCGACAGACGCUCAAGCGACGCAAGCCGCAAAACCUGACACCGCCGGGCAGCUCGGACGGAGGCAGUUCGACGAGCAGCGGUCAGUCGCCGAACAGUCUGCAGCCGGGCAGUCCGCCCCAGGUCUCCACCAGGAUGACCAACUCGAAGCGGCCCGGCUAUGUGGACGGUGUCGACGGCUUCCUCACAAAACGACAGCGCAUCUCUCGCGUUGUCGCCUCCGCUGGUCCCGCCAGGAAAGCAGUCAAUGCCCAUGCCCAUCCACCCAGUGCCAACCUCAACGCAAACUCUGCCACCUCUGCUGUCAGGUGGACAACGCCCUCACCAACACCCGUGAACAACCAACCAAUAACCAACCAUAAUAACCAAUCUGCCAAUGGUCUUUCCCCUCCCAGCUGCUCUUCCGCUUCGUUCUCGCCCUCCUAUCCACCGCACCACACCGACCACAGACCAGCAGCACCGGCGCCGGUGCCACCAGCCACCAAUAGUGAUAGCAGCAAUCGGCGAGGCAACGACCAGUCUUCCUCCAUCACAUCCAAUCGCAGCGCUCACACCAACAACCAUAAUCAACCAAAAUACCUAACUGACUACCCUAGAAUAGAAUCGGUGGAGGAGAGGAGACGAUACAAGGCCGACUUCAACACCAACUACAUGGAGUACAGGGCGCUGCACUCGCGAGUCGACAAGGUUGCCAGGAAGUUCGCCAACCUCGAGGAGAGUCUUAAGAAGGAGCCCAAGGACUCGCCCGCCUGGAAAACUAUAAAAAAUAUGAUACUAGAACAAUACGAUAAUGUGAAAGUAGAUAAGGACUAUCAAAGUGCCAGGCAAAGGUUCAACUAUCUACAUAAUAAGCUGUCACAUAUCAAACAGAGGGUGCUCGAAUACGACACAAUGAACUGCAGGCAGGCAAACUUAUAGCAGCAGCACCAGCAGCACGUAUUGGGCUACCCCACAAUUUAAAGGAUCAAAUAGACUGUAUCACCAUCAACCGCACUUAGGAAUCACCAUCACCAUUCAAUUCUCCAACAGAUAUCAUCUUGUUUUGCUGGAACAAUGAAGAAGGAGGUGGGAGCAGGGAGCAGGGAACAGGUCACAGGUCACUACCGAGGGGAGUAAGUAUAGACUGCCAGGAGGCUACCACAACUAAGUGCCAGGAGUACAGAAGUAUGUAGAACGUCACUCACUAGAAAAUUAUGUCUAUAUUUCGGUCUACCUUCGGAUUCUGCAGAGAGUAGGAUCAAAACUACUUUGCCAGUCGGUUCAAAUUACAAAACAGACACCACUGUUUCUACUUUCAAUUUUAGGACCGAUUGGAACUGACUAGUAAAUUAAUAUUGAGCAGUUUAUUUGCCGAAAUUAUAUGGUACUGUAAUGUAUUUUAUUUGUAACGUCUGUUUUUUAUGGAAACACACACUGAAAAAUAUAGUCAAUUUUGGAAUUCCAGAUAAUUAUAAUCUAUUUUAAAAAGGUUGUGUGUUUUUUUGUAUAAAAUUUUAUUAUCAAUAACUAUUACUUGUUUGUUGUUUGAUUGUUUUUGAAUGUUGAUAAUAAGUGUAAAGAAUUUAGAAAUAGAAUGUCUGAUGAAGAUGAAUAGCUUGAUGACACAUCAUGAUUGUUGGAAGUGGGAUUGGUUGUCAUAUUAAGAGCUCUUCCCAUCUAAUAUUUUUAAACAUUUUGACAAGUUGAAUACUUUUGUGGCCAAGUUGAAAAGAGAUGGAUAUUUGAAACAGUACAAUACCGGUAUUGGAGAACCUUGUCACUAGUACAAACACAAACAAUAUUAUCAUGGGGUUUGAUUGAAAGUCGAAUAUUUGAGCAAUUAAUGAUCUACUAACUCCCACUUUCCAUCAAUUAUUACUGCAAAAAUUCGAAGCAGGCGGUUGUGUUGAUGAGUUGAAAAGCUGGUAUAACGGCGAAAGACUGUACUUUUAAAUAUUACUAUUAAGAUUAGAGUUUACUUCCAUAUUCAACCUAUCUCUCUUAUAGUCACUUGUACUGUAUGAUUUCCAAGGUCUAUAGAAACCAGGUCAAGACACCCGUGUUUCUUAUGGAGCGGCCAUUUUGUGCGGUUUUUAUGGCGGUACAUUUGAAAAUCCAAUCUAAUUUAAUUUGCUAGUAACAAAAUCAUGCAUUAUGCAUUUUAAAAACAAUAUUCUGUUUCGGAUAAUAUGUAAAUUCAGAUUACAGAAUAUUUACUAAUGAAAUUUCAAUAAUAAAUGGCUCAAUAAUUUAUUUAUUACUAGCUGGCCCGGCGAACUUCGUACCGCCACAUAGGUUAAUCAUUAAACUGCAUCUCACUUCAUGCAUCUCAUGACAAACUUUAGCUGGAGCUAAACCUGAGGAGGCACGAUGCGGCAUUUUAUUUAUAUAGAUAAUUUUCCAA